CUGAUGCAUGACGGAUUAACAACGAGCAGGGUAGGGUAGGGUAGGGAGACAAGGCAGAAAAGAUUACCUGGGACUUGUCCCCCUCCUGUCCUGGCCCUUCCUUGCCUUCCUUCAUGCGCAUGCAUGCAUGCCACCAUCACCAUGGGCUUAGUUACGAUACACCUAGCCGCUCCUCUCAUCACCUUGCUUGACCUUCACCCACUCAGUGCUCUGCUGCUCCUUCCAUAUAAGUAUAACCAUGCCUAGCUAGCCUGCUGCCGGUACCCAACAAGGACGACCAUCAUGUCCAUGGACAUGGACAGAGUUUGCAAGAGACGAGCGGGCACGGCUCCCGCUCUCCUCCUCGCCCUUCAUGGCAUCCGUGUGGAUGAGCAGAUGCCUGCGUCAUCCACGCCGGCCGCCGUGCCUCCGCCGCAGACACCCAUGGAGCCCAUGGAGCACCUGUCCAGGUCCUGGAGCGUGUCUGCCGAGGAGAUAUCCAAGGCCCUGCUGCUCAAGGGCAGCAACAAGAGGAGCUUCUUCUUCGCCCCCGUCGACACUCUUAUUCCGGCCGCUAUGCCGGAGACAAAAACCUCCUCCUACGAGCUCGUCGCCGCCCCCGCUGCUUCGGUUCAGCAUAUCCAGCACCAUCAACAUCCGGAUGCAACAGGCAGAAGCUCCAUCAGCUGCCACCGCCACUCCAACUCGGUCACAAGGUGGUACUUCCAGCACAAGGAGACCGCCAAGCACGGCAGGAAAGAGAAGGCGCGCGCCGACCUGGCCCAGGCGCACGCCAUGGUCUCCGUGGCCCAGGUGUCCGCCGCGGUUGCCGCCCUUUCUGCGGCCACCAGCUGUGACAACCAGGACUCCAAGAUAGCCGCAGCCAUGGCUUCUGCCACCAAGCUGCUGGCUUCGCACUGCGCUGAGGCAGCCCAGCUUGCAGGGGCUGGCCAUGAGCAGGUGUCCUCUGCUGUCCGGUCUGCGGUCGGCAUCACCGGUCCGGGUGAUCUGAUGACGCUCACAGCCGCCGCAGCGACAGCUUUGAGAGGAGCUGCGACGCUGAAGAAGAGGGUCCAGCGCGAGGCGAGAAGCAAUGCCAGUGUCAUUCCUUAUGAGAAGGCCCCUUUGUCAUGGAGUCCUGAUAUCUGGUGCAAGGAAGGCAAGCUGCUAAAACGCACAAGAAAAGGGCAUUUACACAAGAGACGGGUUUCAAUCUACAUCAACAAGAGGUCACAGGUCAUAUUGAAGCUGAAGAGCAAACACAUUGGAGGUGUGCUGUCAAAAAACAAUAAAAGUGUAGUUUAUGGGGUAUACAGUGAGCUCCCAGAGUGGACUGAGCCAGGGAAAGGUUUACCAGAGACAAGCUGCUUUGGCUUGAGUACAGCACAAGGCCUGAUUGAGUUCAAGUGUGAGAGCAGCACCAGUAAACAGAGCUGGGUUCAUGGUGUGCAAAAUCUGCUCCAGCAGGUUGAUGUAGCCGAUCAAGUAGGGCACAGGCUAGAAACAUUAAAACUCAACUGGUGCAGUUAGGGUUAGUACAUGAAUCAAAAUUUUGCAGGACAGAGAGUGUACUCCCUCCGCUUCUAAAUAUAAGUCCUUUUAGAUGUUUCA